AUGUCUACGCCACAGCAACGGUUGUCCUCAAUCGCUAACCAGGUCGCUGGUUCGAAUGUGUCUGCGAAGAGCAAGCUGUUGGCCAAGAAUCCCGAUGAUAUUGUGAUCACGCUUGCUGUUCGGACUCCUCUCACAAAGGCCAGAAAAGGUGGCCUGAAAGACACCACAAUAGAUAAUCUCUUAAUUUCAUUGCUUACAUCUAUCCGCGAAAAGUCCAACCUCGACCCCAACCUUGUUGAAGAUGUCUGCGUUGGUAAUGUGCUUGCGCCUGGUUCCGCAUACGUCGCCCGCUCCGCGGUGCUUGCAGCUGGCUUCCCCGUGACGGCCGCCGCCUCUAUUGCCAACCGAUUCUGUUCUUCUGGAUUGCUGGCGAUCCAGAAUAUCGCUAACCAGAUCAUGGCUGGAUCCAUCGAUAUCGGUAUCGCUGUCGGAGCCGAGAGCAUGAGCACCAACGCCGAUGGAGGCGCCCCAGAGAUGUCGGCUCAGAUCUUGUCGCAUCCUAUUGCCUCCCAGAACACCCAGCCUAUGGGCCAGACCUCAGAGAACGUCGCUGCCCAGUUCAACAUUUCCCGAGAGCAACACGAUCAGUUUGCGGCCAAGAGUUAUCAGAAGGCCGAGCGCGCGCAAAAGGCCGGUUGGACCGUCGACGAGAUUGUGCCCGUCAAGACCCAAGUCAAAGAUCCCAAGACCGGCGAGGUAAAGGAUGUCGUCGUUGAUCGUGAUGACGGCAUUCGCUAUGGCACCACUGCCGAGUCCCUGGGCAAGAUUCGCUCUGCAUUCCCUCAAUGGAAGCCCAGUGCCACAACCGGUGGCAAUGCCAGUCAGAUCACUGAUGGCGCCGCCGGUGUCAUUCUUAUGAAGCGGUCCCGUGCUCAGGAACUCGGACAACCCAUCAUCGGCAAGUUUUGCGGAGCUACAGUUGCGGGUUUGGAGCCUAGAAUCAUGGGUAUCGGCCCUUCCAUUGCUAUCCCCAAGAUUCUGUCCAAGUUCAACCUGAGCAAGGACGAUAUCGAUAUUUUCGAGAUUAACGAAGCAUUUGCGUCCAUGGGCGUCUACUGUGUUAGCAAGCUGGGUCUUGAUGAGAGCAAGGUCAAUCCCAGAGGUGGAGCGAUUGCACUUGGUCAUCCGUUGGGCUGCACUGGCGCUCGCCAGGUCGUUACUGCUCUGUCCGAGCUGCGCCGUCAGAACAAGAGAAUUGCCGUCACCUCGAUGUGUGUUGGAACUGGCAUGGGCAUGGCCGGAAUCUUUGUUUCGGAGCAUUAA